AUGUCCGAGUUCAUCGGCUAUGUCGGUACACUCGUUGAGAUUAACUCAGAAGCCUCCACAGUCUCGUUAGACAAUGUGCGCUCUUUCGGUACCGAGGGCCGCAAGGGCGGCAAGGACGAAUACCCGCCCUCAGAUGUCAUCUACGAGCAGAUCGUGUUCAGAGGAAGCGAUGUGAAGGAUCUGCGCAUCGAAGAGCAGAUCAAAGAGAAGGCCCCUCCUGCCAUGCCCCAGGACCCCGCCAUUAUCGGAGUACAGCAAGGCCAGUCGCGUCAGGACGCGCCACAAGACCAGCGCCAGCAACAAGGGCCGCCGAAUUUCCCACAGCAAGGGCAGUUCCCCCCUGGCGGCUACCUUCCCUUCGGCCCUGGUGGCCCAGGUCCAUAUGGGAGAGGCUUCCCUCCCCAGGGUGGUUUCCCUGGCGGUCCGGGGCCGUUCCCUGGAGGCCCUGGCGGCUUUGGUAUGCCACCUUACGGACCGCCUCCGCCAGGCUGGUUCCCUCCUGGCCAAGGCUUUAACGGCCCUCAUGGCCCUUUCCCCCCAAACAUGCCCAUUGGUCCUCCUGGGUUCCAGAAUCAGAACCAGCCUCCAACAGGCCCUCAUGACGGUGCGCCAGGUGGUGCGCCCUCGAAGGAGGAGCAAUCCCCUGCCCAGCCUAGCGUCGCCGAGGCUGACGGUUCAGCCAAACCCGCAGAGCCCAAGGCGGACGCAAAGCAGGCUGGAAAAGCCCCUGCACCCGCAGCUGCCACUAAGCAAGCUCCCCCACCACCCGUCGAGUCCAAGCCUGACGUCGCAGCCGCUCUGGCACCGCCGCACACCCAGCCCUCUCAGCAGGGUGGUGCGCAGAAGACGCCAGGUGGACCCAAGGGUGGGCGUAUCAUCCCGGCCGUGCCUAUCGCCAGUCCGAAUGUGAAGAAGUCAGCCUCCCGAGCACAACAGCAGGCCCAUACCCCCGUGAAGCAGGCUCAGCAGGCUACUAACCAGCAGAACAACGCCACUCAGUUGGCUACCGCUGCCGUGGCCGAGGCAAUGGCCAAACUCCACUUGCAGAACCGUGGUCAGGCUCAGGCACCGGCAUCUGACCCUAUGAACAACCUCGCACAGAAGGUGGAAGGUAUGCGUGAGCGUGAGCAGCAUGCUCGUCAACCACGAAACCCUGGACAGGGCGCUGGAUUCGGUGGCCGAGGUGGCCGAGGCGGUCGUGGUGGACGCGGCGGUUCUCAUCACCAGCAGCAGCCUCAGCAGCAGCCAAAGAUGGACGUGCCCACUACAGACUAUGACUUCGAUGCCGCGAACGCCAAGUACAACAAGCAGGACAUGGUGAAGGAAGCUAUCGCCUCAGGAUCACCGCUUGGCGAAACCGCGCCGUCGACUAUCGAUGCAACUGCAAACGGAGAGACUGGUACUGCUGAAGCUUCAGAGGAGGUCGUCAUCCCUACUACUUCUUACAACAAGAGUUCCAGCUUCUUUGACAAUAUCUCUUCCGAGUUAAAGGAUCGAGAGGAGGCUGCCGGCCGCCGGGGUCAGGAGUUCCGCGCAGCUGAGCGAAACAAGAAUAUGGAGACCUUCGGCCAAGGUAGUGUUGAUGGCUUCCGUGGCGGCUACCGUGGUCGCGGCAGGGGCCGUGGUCGCGGACGUGGAGGCUUCGGCUUCCGUGGCGGUCGUGGCGGGCCUCGUGGCGGUGCUCAGAGUGAUCAGCCUGCUGCCCAGUAG